AUAUGUGCUGUGAAAGGCCGCGAGCCCUAACGUCGCUUCCCCGUCCUAUCUCGCGGGAUUUCCCCCUUAACUUCUCGCGAGAAUGAAGGGAGGCGGCCUCGGCAGAGAUGGAGCCGCCGCAGCGCGUGCCUACCGGCCUCCCCGCGAUACUGGCGCAGACAGACUGGUCUGAACCAUGGCUGUUGGGACUCACAGUUUUCCACAUCCUCUGCUUUCUGAUCACUUGCUUUUCAUUCCAGCGCUACCACCUGCAGAUAGGGCAUUUUCUCUGCAUGGUUGCCUUGGUGUAUUGUGCUGAAUAUAUCAAUGAACUGGCUGCUAUGAAUUGGAGGUUAUUUUCUAAAUACCAAUAUUUCGAUUCAAGAGGGAUGUUUAUUUCCCUAGUAUUUUCAGCUCCCUUGCUGUUGAAUGCUAUAAUAAUAGUGAUUACCUGGGUUUAUAAAACAUUGAAUGUAAUGACUGAAUUGAAGAACCUACAGCAAAAAAGAAGAGCAGAAAAAGAAAAGAAAAACUGAGACAUGGUGGUCAAGAUGGGUUCUGAAAAAGAUUUGGCGGUCAUGGUGGAUAAUCAGCCGAACAUGAGUGCCCACUGCAACACUGGCCAAAAGGACUAUUGUGAUCCUGGAGAAUCUCAAGUAAAAGUAGGGAGGCUGUUUUACUUCUGUAUCUGGCACUGGUGCGACCACUGCUGGCAUACUGUGUCCAGUUCUGGUGUCUACAGUUCAAGAAGACAAUUGAUAUAUUGGAAGGGGCUCACAGGAGAGCCACAAGAAUGAUUUAAAGGAUUAGAAAACAUGCUUUGUAAUGACUGAGCUCUUUAGAUGGGAUCCCAAAAGGGACUUAGACAUUUGCCACACAGCAUCACAGUGCCUAACUGUAGGCAACAGGAGCAGCGGGACCCACAAAGCUGAGAUAGCAUUUAAGCUUCAUAUAUGAUGUAUGGGAAGAGCUAGGCACCCAAGAAUGUGAUCUUCAAAGAUAGCACACUAGGCAGGGAGUCGCCUAAGCUAGCAAUGGCAAAUGCUGACAAGAGUGGUGUGUCCUAAGACCCAGCUGUCUGUCAGAGAUAGUGCCUGUCUUUGCUUAGCAAGCCGUGACAAGGAACCCAUCUGGAAUCAGGUGGCUUAGGAGCCUACAGCAUUUUUUUGCAGAAAUGAGUUGGAGGCCUCUAGUGUUCCAUACAAAUGGGGCGCUGCCUACUUGAUAACUUUUAGCACAGUGGAAAGAGCACUCACCUGGGAUGGGAGAGAGCCAGGUUCAAUUCCCCUCUCUGCCAGAGGAGGAAAAGAUUGGAUUAGGUGGUCUCCCACACCUCAAGAAGGUGCUGUAAUCAAUGAGCUAUGGGAUAUUGUGAUGUGGGUCUCUCUCAAUCUCCUAAAAUGUUCCACUGUGGAUACAUGAUGUUUGAAUGGAGGAGGGUGACUGGGUGCAAGAUUUUCCACUUCCCAGGUUGGUGCUCUAAUCACAGUACUACAGUCAUAUUCUCUGUCACCCAAUGACUGUUCCACUGUGGCUAAAAACCUAGUUAUUGGGCCAGAGCCGAAUGCAGUAUAACUGAAAAGAUGAUCUGGUACAGACUUCCAAAGAACAUAUUAACAUUAAAGACUGAAUAUUAAUCUGCAUAAGCCAAAUAAUACUAAGAUCCCAAGUUUACACACACAUAUAAGCUUAACUUUAAUCACUUUAGUAGUCCCCUUAAUGCCAGUGAGAUUACUCAUAGGAGUAAAGCUAAGCAUGUGCAUAAGCUUUUGAGGGACAUGGGCCCAAGUUUGUAUCACAAGUGUAUUUAGAUUGUGGUAAACAUGUUCAGUGAUUUGGCUGCAGAUAAUUUCCUUGAUCCUCUAUACAAUAAGACUGACUAUUGAGAGAUCAAGUAUAGCUGUGUAAAAACUCUUGCCCCUCCAGUGGAAAAAGUAGGAUUUUGUGAAAAGAGGUACUGGUUGUUUGCCAUACUAGGACUUCAUAAGUAAGAAGUCCGCCAUUUGCAACAAAACGUGUUCAGUGUUGUAAAUGGUUAUAAUUCACCCUUAAUCUAAUUAAUAAAUUUGCACAAUCUGUCCUUUUAAUGUGAGAUUAGGAAAAUGAAAAAUAGUUUUUCUAAAACUGUAUGAAAUUUUCAUGGGAUCAGCCGUUACAAACAAAACUGCUAUUUCUGAACUUAGACAUAGAAGAGAAUUCAUAGAGCAGUUCUCUUAAGUUAUAAAUAAAUAUAACAGGGCAAAAAUAAGGAUCUCUUUCUGUUUCCAAGCAUCCUGUACUCUAUUUGUCUUUUUAGGCGCUGAUCUUGCAAGCUGAUCAGUGGGGACAGUUCUCUGCACCUUUGUGGAGCCGAACCAAAAUCAGGGAAGCUUGUGCAGGCCCAAGAGUCCACCCACACAGAUCACCUUAUAAGGGCUGGGCCCUUCAGCAUCAGGGACAUGUCUCACUUUGUCUUGUACAGCAAGACAACAGUGUUGGAGCAUAAUAAAUAGCAUACUGCAAUCCUGAACAGAGUAACACACAUGCCAAUAUAAAAACUUUGAUAAGUAAAAAUGACAGUUUUAGCAUUGAGGAAGUUGAAUAUCACCAUAAUGAUACAAUAGUUUGCAUACUUUUAAGUGGAUAGAAGCUGGAUAUUUUCUUUGUUAAAAAUCAAUUAAUAUGAAAGCACAGUGGCUUUUUUUCCUAAAGUGUGGAUAUGUGCACAUUGGAAGAGAAUAAGUGCCAAAUCAAUAAAGUAGGUAUUUUUUAAAAAUUGGAAUCUUCUUAGCUUUUUUUCAGUUCCAGGAAACUCUCAAAAUACACUUUAGAAUUCUAAGUAUAAUUGAAGCAGCACAUGGUUUUAAGCCUUCUCUAUUAAAAGGUCUCUUAAAGGUAAAUAGCAAUAUGUUUAAGAAAAAUAAUUUAGUCGUAUAAAUUAAUGACUACAAACUGAGACAAAUGUGAUUUUUUUUCCAAAUGUUAUAAAAUGUAAAUAACACAAAUAUUCCAGCAUUUUUUCCCCCCAUGGGAUUAUCAAGCCUUACCUACGUUGAUUACUUUUCCUUUAGAUAACCUUUUCAUGUAAUGUUAUGAAGGAAAUUUUAAGUUUUAGAGUGAGGGAAGUACAUAAAAGAAUAAUAAAAAAUGGUUUUCAAAUUAUUUUUUUUAAAAAAGUGUUUUUUAACCAUAAGGGCAUCCCCCAGAGAAUUAAACGGAAAGUGGUGAUUGUGUUGAUUGUAAUAGGAAUGGAUUUAUGAAGUGAUGGAACAAUAAA